ACCUCUCCGCUGUUUAUUUCCGGUGGCAGCGGAAGUGGAGGCAAGGUGCUGCUGUAGGUGACCGUAAGGAAGAUUGUUCAAGAAGAUUGUUAAAUAUUAGCCGGCCGUCGAGCACAAGACCACCCAAAUAAAGUAUUUCGGCGUCUACUGCACAAACGGCGUCGUAACCAUGGGAGCUCACCUGGUUAGGCGGUAUAUCACCGAGACGGACACCGAACCUGACCCGGCCAGGAAAUUCGAGUUCGACCCCCAGUUAGGGUUCGCAGAGAGGAAAGAGCGAGAGAUGGUUGCCACCCAGGAGCAGAUGAACUUGGCCCAACUGCCUUUGGAGCAGAGGGACUUCUGUGCUCAUUACCUCCUCAAGAUGAUGAAGUGCAAGAGGGACAACUGGCCCAACUUCCUCGCCUGCAAGGAUGAGAAGCAUGAGUGGGACUACUGUGAACACCAGGACUAUGUGAUGCGGAUGAAGGAGUAUGAGAGGGAGAGGAGACUCCAACUGAGAAAGAAGAGGAUUGAGGCCAAGGUUCAAGUUGCAUAAAUAAACACACUUAAGUUCCUUCCUCUAUGUAUAUAACUAAUGCUGCUCACAUUAAACAGUGAUGCAUUGGAA